AUGGAUUAUUUACUACCUGAAGAAAACGAGAAUGAAUCUACAUGCGAAUCUUCAAACAUUCAUGUGAAGAGGACUCGAGGAGAAAUGGACAGGAGGCCUAAAAAUGAAUUUGUCUUGAAUAAUUUAAGAGAAUUUGAAGAUAUUGACGCUCUCGAACCUAUAGGAGGCGAGGGCAGCAAUGCAAACGCUCCUAGGCUGGAUGGAAGUGAAUCCGAUGGUUCAAACGCUUCUCCUAGGCUGGAUGGUAGCGAAUCCGAUGGUUCAAACGCUUCUCCUAAUCAAAAUGGAAAUGAAUCCAAUGGUUCAAACGCUUCUCCUAGGCUAGAUGGAAGUGAAUCCGAUAGCUCAAACGCUUCUUCUAGGCUGGAUGGAAGUGAAUCCGAUGGUUCAAACGCUUUUCCUAGGCUAGAUGGAAGUGAAACCGAUGGUUCAAACGCUUCUCCUAGGCUGGAUGGUAGCGAAUCCGAUGGUUCAAACGCUUCUCCUAACCAGAAUGCAAAUGAAUCCAAUGGUUCAAACGCUUCUCCUAGGCUAGAUGGAAGUGAAUCCGAUAGCUCAAACGCUUCUCCUAGGCUGGAUGGAAGUGAAUCCGAUGUUUCAAACGCUUCUCCUAGGCUGGAUGGUAGUGAAUCCGACGAUUCAGAAGUCAUUUCGGAUUCGGAUGGACUCUCAGACAGCGCCGUUUCAAUGGACUCUACCAACAGAGACACGGAGACCACUUCGUCUGGAUGGCCUUCAGAAGCAUCGAUGUACAGCGACGAGAACGACCUGGGAGUCUAUACGGAUUAUUCUUGUGACCCUUUUUACCCUAACAUAAGAGAGAACGACAGAUCCAUAAGAAGGAGAGAUCCUCUGAGACGCGCUGUGGAGGCCCUCAGGCGUUGGUGUCGUGAUACAUAUGAUGGGUACCAACGAUGGGGGAUGAGGCGUGGUGGUAAUGGGAUGAUGAUGGAACACAGAGUUCCUCGAGGUGAUGAUGAUGAUGAUGAUUUUUGUGAGCAUGAUAGUGAUGACGAUGAGGAUUAUGAUGAUGAUGAAUACGAUGACAUUUCUGAUUACUAUGAUUACGAUGAUGAUGGCGACGAAGAUGAUGGUGACGAAGAUGGCAGCGAUGAAGAUGAUGGUGAUGAAGAUGAUGGUGAUGAAGAUGAUGGUGAUGAAGAUGAUGGCGACGAAGAUGAUGGCGACAAAGAUGAUGGCGACAAAGAUGAUGGCGACAAAGAUGGUGGCGACAAAGAUGAUGGCGACGAAGAUGAUGGCGACGAAGAUGAUGGCGACGAAGAUGAUGGCGACGAAGAUGAUGGCGACGAAGAUGUUGGCGACGAAGAUGUUGGCGACGAAGAUGGUGGCGACAAAGAUGAUGGCGACGAAGAUGGUGGCGACAAAGAUGAUGGCGACAAAGAUGUAGGAUGGUGA